AUGUCUAAUAACAGCUCUGUUGCUGUUGGCUCUUUGCAGCAACAGAUAAGCUUCCGUGUUUUGCUCGUUCAGAUUUUGGUGGCUAUUUUUCUGUGCAUCAACAUGUUGCUCAUUGUGACGUUCUUCAAGAAGGAGUGCUUCCACACCAGCACUCGGUAUAUUUUAUUUGCUGUGAUGUUGCUGUCGGACAGUUUUGUGCUAAUCCUAUCUAAUGUUUUGGUAAUUAUCAACUUUCUUCAGUUCACCAUACAGGUGUGGUUGUGUACCGUCAUUUCCAUUGUCACGUUGCUCUAUGUUGCGGUCACACCUGUGACUCUGACAGCUAUGACUCUGGAGCGUUACGUGGCCAUUUGCCUGCCACUGCGGCACGCAGAGCUCUGCUCCACACGCAGGUCAAUGCACUGCAUCCUCGUCAUUCACGGGAUCAGCUCCGUUCCCUGCAUGUUGAAUCUCUCCAUAUUCUUUGCAACGGCGCCGUUGGGCCGUUACGAACAAAGAGCGUUGUGUUCAGUGGAGAUAUUCAUUUUACAACCGUGGCAACGUCACUUUAGGUCUGCCAUAAGUCAACUUUACUUUUUCAUCAUGUGCAUCAUCUUAGUUUUCUGCUACAUUCAAAUUGUCAAAGUGGCCAAAGCUGCAUCUGGAGAGAAUAAACAGUCGACACAGAAAGGAAUGAGAACCGUGAUUCUUCACGCCUUCCAGCUGCUGCUCUGCCUCAUCCUGCUAUGGAACCCGUUCACUGAAGCUGCUGCGCUUAAAGUUGAUGUUAAUUUAUUUUUGAAUAUCCAAUAUUUUAAUUACAUAGUAUUUAGCCUCGCACCGAGAUGUCUGAGUCCUCUGGUUUAUGGGCUCAGGGAUGAAAUGUUUUUUCUUGCACUUAAAAAUUAUAUUUGCUUCUGUUUUCGUAAAAGAUUCACAGUCUGA